CUGUUUGCAACUUAAAUUCACGUGGGUUUGUUUAUAAGAGUUCCAUCCAAACCUUACUGUACAAAAUUAUCCUGCAACAACGAUGGCACUGUCUGGACCACAAAGUUUCGUCAUUCUAAAAUUAAACGAUCCGUCUCGCAGAAAUGAACCCCCGAAACAAUUUGGCGUAAACUUCAAACCAGUUCUCAAUUACAAAAUUUCCAUUUUUUACAGAAGCCUUGUUUCCAAUUCAAUCACCAGAAGUAUUUAUAUAAGCAAGUUAAGUUGUGCUAAAUUUGAUCAUGUAAGAAACAUGGGUAUAGUAAUGCCUGACCAAAAAGGCGAUAAUGAUGAUGGAAAUGGUAAUAUGCCGCCACCUGGUAAUGGUAGCAGUGGUGGUGGUGGUGGUGGUGGUGGUGGUGAUGGCGGUGAUGAUGAGGAUGAUCAUCAAGAGAAGGAGUUUGGGCCGUUGAUGAAGUUUGAUGAGGUUAUGGAAGUGGUUGAAUCACAUGGUGUUAAUCUUCCGAAAGAUAUGUCAGAAGCUGCUAAAGCUACUGGACUUAGAAAACUUAUACUUACACGUUAUUUGGAUUUACAAACAUCAGGUUGGAUUUUAGGUUUCUUGACAAGAAAUUUCGUAAUGUUUCGAAAUAGAAUGCUUGCUGAUCCAUCGUUUUUGUUUAAAGUUGGGGCUGAGAUGGUGAUUGAUUCGUGUAGUGUGACGGUUGCUGAAGUUCAUAAAAGAGGGAAAGAUUUUUGGGAUGAGAUUGAGUUGUUUGCUGCGGACUUUUUGGUAGGGAUAGUAGUAGAUAUUGCUUUGGUUGGAUUGUUGGCGCCAUAUACUCGCUUUGAAAAGCAAUCUGUAGCGAAUGGUGGUUUGUUUAGUGGUUUAAAGAAUUCUGUUGCAGCUCUUCCUAGUAGUGUCUUUGAAUUUGAGAGACCGGGGUCUAAAUUUUCUGCACAACAGCGUAUUGCAACUUACUUUUACAAGGGUCUCUUGUAUGGAUCAGUUGGAUUUGGUUGCGGUCUUGUAUGCCAAGGAUUUGCAAAUAUGGUUAUGAAUGCCAAACGGAGGAUACAUGCUUCAGAACAUGAUGUAAGUGUGCCUGUGCCCCCUUUGAUGCAAAGUGCUGUUCUUUGGGGUAUUUUUCUUGCGGUGUCUGCAAAUACCCGUUAUCAAAUUAUUAAUGGCUUGGAAAGCGUGGUGGAAGCUUCUUCAUUGGCAAAGCAGGUCCCUUUAGUAGCAAGGACAUUUACAAUUGGCGUGCGUCUUUCAAACAACAUCUAUGGUUGGAUGCAGUUUGUAGAUUGUGCUAAAUGGAGCGGCGUGCAGUAGCAGUAAUAGUAGUUAGGGAAAAGCAGUUGGAUUUGAAUGUCGAUUUUUGAUCACUGGCAGUUAUAGCUUAUCAGCCUGCCCUUCUUCUCCAGCUCAUUCCCACUAUUUGUAACCCACAUUUUUAGUUAGUUUUAAAUAAGAGAACCAUCACUUGCUAUA